GUCGUUAUCACGAGAAACUGAGUUUUACGAGACUUUCAUAAUGAGAAAGUUUCAGAGUCUCCGCUGAGGCGGAAACGGGCUUUAUAGUUCAGAUCAUACCCAUAAUUCACGACAGACAGAUGAACACAAGUGCACCCUGAAUCCUGUGAGCCAGCAGAGGUGUAAGAUAUUGAAAAAAGAGAUGGAUUCCUGCCAUCGGUUGAUCCUCGCGUCGCUCCAGCUUUGUUUGUUGUUGUUGGUGUCAUUUACCGACAGCAGAAGUCUGAAAUGCUCACCGGGGAAAGUGUGCCCAGAUCGACCGCCUGUGGUUCUCAUUCCAGGAGAUCUUGGGAAUCAGCUUGAAGUGAAACUUGACAAACCUAGUGUAGUGCACUUCUUCUGCUGCAAGAAGACCAAGGACUACGUCCCAGUAUGGCUGAACCUGGAGUCGCUGUUGCCAGGGUUCAUUGACUGCUGGAUUGAUAACAUGAGGCUACUGUACAAUCGUACAAGCCACUUCACUGAAGCUCCUCCGGGAGUGGAUGUCAGAGUGCCUGGGUUUGGACAGACCUAUAGUUUGGAACAUCUGGAUACUUCUAUACGUCCUAUGAUAAAAUACUUCUUCACUAUAGUACAAGCAUUGGUUGAAAUUGGUUAUACCAGAAAUGAUGAUGUUCGAGGUGCCCCCUAUGACUGGCGUAAAGCCCCAAAUGAGAAUAAGGAGUACUUCUUGCGUCUGAAGCAGAUGAUUGAGGAGAUGGCUAAUAAAGCUGGAGGUCCUGUAGUUCUCAUCGCACACAGUAUGGGGAACAUGUACACACUCUACUUCCUUCAAAAGCAGACACAGGCUUGGAAGGACCUGUACAUCAAGGCAUUUGUGUCUCUAGGGUCCCCAUGGGCUGGAGUGGCCAAAACUCUGAAAGCUAUGGCAACAGGCGAAAACGACCACAUUCCUUUCAUCAAACCACUAAAAAUCCGCACCCUGCAGCGUACGGCCGUCUCCACCGCCUGGCUCUUACCCUUUGCAUACACCUGGCCCAAAGACAUGGUCCUGGUUUCGACCUCCAACACCAGCUACACUGUCCAAGACUAUAAGCGCUUCUUCAAAGAUAUCGACUAUGAGGACGGCUGGGCCAUGAGGCAGGACACAGAACCACUGGUCAAUGCACUUAAUCCUCCGGGUGUUACUGUCCACUGCCUUUAUGGCAGCGGUAUCCCCACACCUCAGGGCUAUAAUUACACAAACUUCUCAGACACAAAUCCCACUGUCAUCAACGGGGAUGGAGAUGGAACAGUCAACCUGUUGAGCGCGACACUGUGUAAACACUGGGAGAACAAUCAGAAGCAGCCUGUCUACACAUUCGAGCUGCUGCGAAUUCACCAUAUCGCUAUUCUGUCUAACGAAAAAACAGUUAAUUACAUCAAAAAUGUGCUGCUUCCACCGUGAUGGCAUCACACUUCCCCUGUUUAACUUUGAACUGAAGAUUCAGGUUUGCCAAAGGGGCAGGACUCUGUCCUGUUUUUUGGGCAGGGUGGGUCAUGAAAUAGUCAGCUUUUGUUGGG